AUGGCAACAGAUAUUAAUACGUUAAUAGAGAGCUUUGAUUUCGAAGAAGAGAUUACCAGAGCAGUUCUCUAUGCUAGGAGUGCCCGGGAUAGUACACACAUAGUAAAAGACAUACUCGGCAGUGCGUUACAAGACAAACUCGACAGCGUGUCAAAACUUGAAGACAGGCUCAAGAAUAUCAAGCUAAAGUCUCCGGAUACUCUGAAAAUAGAGAUCGAUGAUGCGGGUGGACUCACGCCUUAUUGGGAUCGAUUGGAUGAUGAGACCAGUGACCAAAGUCGCUUCACCGACGAGGUCCAAGCCGCAAAAUCGGCGAUACUAGCAGUUAUUCUUCGAGUCCUUGGAAGUGCGACUGAGAUGGCUGAGUGGUUGAGAUCAGAGAUCAACAAGGAAGGGUUGCUCAAAGACGACAGUCUGCUCUUUAGAGCUGCCGCGUCGGGUAUUCCUGAAACCGUUGAUCUCUUGCUAGUUCAUGGAGCAGAUUUACUGAGAUUCAACGCAGAAGCCUGGAACGAGAUGAACUUGACCCGAACCCGUACAAAUGACAUGGACCUCCUGAUCGGUCUGCAUGUUUUCUUGCGGUCGCUUCCCGAGAGUCUUUACAUCGAAGUCUCCCCUCGCCCGGUUCGCGAUGGGGAAGGCGAAGUAUGGACAAAAACAACCACGCUUUUCAAGCUUCUACAGAGCCAUGGAGUAACCCGCCUUGGUCCCCAAAAUAUCCGAGCAUCUGAAAUGACCUGGAUCCAUGUCCCAAGAAACAACGUUAGUGUGCGUCGCUUAUUCGUCGAGGAUAACCCAGCUAAGCUCGACAGGUUGCGAGAGACAGACGCCAUAGCGGAAGCUGUUCUAGCCAAAAUUCGUUGGACGAAUCAUCUUACCAUUACGUAUAUGGAGCCAUCUUAUGAAUCAAGGGAUCUCCAGGAUCCCACAGGGGCAGGCUUGCAUAACACAUACAUGGCAAAAUGGUCGGCUAUUGUGUUUCCUUAUCUAGUGCUUACAACCAUCGAUCAACAAGUGAAAGAUAGAAAAGAGCGAAAGGUUCUUGAAGACGAGCUAAGCCAGGCACAGCACAUGCGUGACGCUUUAGAUCUCGACCUUCUAGGACGCACCUUGGACGAAGCCUACUAUCCGGGACUUGCUCGUGAAGCCCUGGAUCUACGGAAUCAAGACCAAGUAGUUUCACAGAGUAAAGAUACUUUCGAAUCCUACGACGAUCGGGAGAGACAAGGCAAGAAGAUCAAUGGGACUUCGUUCAUUCUCAUGGUGCCGCAGCUCUGGCUGUACAAGUUAGGUGAAGCUGUUGUAUCCUCUUACACUAUGCCACAUGGCACUGGAUACGCACUUGAUGAUUACGAUAAUGAGAGAACGUUCGAGAAAAGGGGUGGAGCAUUGUUCCUAAAAGAUGAUCAGCCAGUAGAUGCAGAAGCUCACCUCGGCUUGAUCAUGACUGGGUUCAUUGACAGAUUUGGCGAGCACUACACUUCAAACGGCGUCAAGUAUCCACCUCCACUAGACCUGUUUGAGACCAGAGUCGUUGGAAUCUUGUCGGAAGUGACAAACUACGUUAAGAAGGUUCCUGGAGAUGAGUCAAACAUCAACAAACUCGAAUAUCGCCGCGAGCGAUACUUCAUACACGUCAUAUCCGACGUGCGAAGUGAGCUUGCUAUGAUAAAGCACGUUCUCGAGCAACAGGAGCGCGUUCUGAAGCAGUUUCUUGAAAAUUGCUUACCUGCAAACGAAGAACGACUUCCACCAAAUUGGGUACAAAUCAAGGCCUCCCAAGAAACCAUCAAACAGUACAUGAAAAGAGUAGAGAAAAUCGAUGGCGAUGCAGACAGAAUUGAGAAGAGCAUACAGGACAUGCUCAACCUGAAGCGCACACACGCAAGUAUCAGAGAUGCACACAGCAGUCUCAUCUUGAGCACUGCUGUUAUUGGUUUUACCGUCAUCACAAUCAUCUUCACACCACUCGCAUUUCUCACGGCGCUCUUCGCUCUCAAGAUUGACGGAUUCGAGAAUCUUCAAAUUUCUGGUAGCGAUGGCGUUUUUCAUAGGGGCAAGAUCGGCGGCAUCUUCGUGAGUACUGAGAUCUUGACGCUACUCUUGACCGUCAUCGCAGUAUGGCUAGCAUUUAGGUACAUAAAUCCCGACGAAAUACGUCGCUGGGAAAGAAAGGCGAUUGGUUGGGUCAAGGGUUUGAUUGCGAGGCAUGUUGGUGCCAUGAUCUGGCCUAUAACUCUCAUCCUCUGGUCGAAAGGGCCAAAACGCGCCAAAGUCCCGGAUCCGGAAUCACCAAGGCAGAACGAGCUUCAGGGAUUGACCGCAACCCCCCCGGAGACUCCCAACCCAGCAAUCAUACCACACACACCGCAGGUACAAGAUGAAUCAACACCGAUCCGCAGUACGAGUGUCGCGACCUGGCCUGUGGGUCGUAAAGACCGAAUGAAACAUCUUCGCAGCACAGAGCGCACGAAAACCCCAAGUCUAGAAUCUUCAAGGCAGUUUAAGCUUCAAGUAGCAACCGCAAGUUCAUCGAAGAAUCCUCGCCCGGCAACUGCCGCACGCAGGGCAAGUACAGGAUGA